CAGGCAGCAGACCUAACAAAGCCUAUUGACAAACGUCUCUACAAAGGGACAAUCCCAACUUGUCAUGAUUUCAACCUGAUAACACGGUCCUCUGAGAGCUUGGAACUCUUGAUUGGCUUCUCUGCUGGACAAGUUCAGCUACUUGAUCCUGUCAAACAUGAGGUCAACAAACUGUUCAAUGAGGAGGUAAGUGCCAUUUAACCUUUCACUGACAACAAGUGCAUACUCAGUGAUUUUGUUACAGAUAGUUGUGUUUAGUCCUACAUGUAGGACUCAUCUUGUGGAAACUCAUGAGUCCUUGUCCUUAACCAAUGAGUGGAAAAAAAAAACAGGGAGUCUUAAAUUGAAAAUGCUUGGGCCUUUAUGUAACCAGACAGUUACAUGUAAUCUGGAGACAGCUGCCAAAACUCUUUAUUACAGUUUACUGAAAUUAAAAUAUAGUCUUUCUAUAUAUUCAAAGCACAAAAAAGACUAAAAUAAAUAUGCAUCUUCAAACAACAGCCACAGAAAUCACACAAACAGGAUAUUCUACCAAAAAAUUUUCAAAUCAAUUGAUCAUUCUUUGCAUUCUAUGGGACACAUGCCAUGAAUUAUUUUGUGUCUUUGGGGAUUUUUAUGUCAGGGAUGCAGGAUACAGAGGUAACAAUAUCAUUGCCACAUCACAUAAAGUUUGUAUAAUUUAGAAGUGAGGCUUUUACCUUGAUAAUGUGAAGAUCAUUGCAUAACCAGGGUUCAAACUAGCAGCCGGAAUUUGAGCACACUUGCUGCUGACUUUUCACCAAGGAAAUAGAAAAUGUCAUGCUUUGAUCGGCCAACUGAAAUCAAAGUCCCUGUAAUGUUGUGGUAAACAUUUCGUAUCAGACAAUAAAGCAGCCAAGAAACGUUUUAAUAUGUUUGGAAAGUGUAGAAAAAGGUUUGGAAAUUUAAAGCGUGCUUCCAAAGAUGAAAAAGAGAAUUCUUGUUCACCGUGAUUCACUAAUUAUCUUUUACCCGUUUGUUGAAGCAUGAAACAUGCAAGUUAUAUGCAAAAUCUUUUUAAAAUCACUUUCUGUUUUCAAGGUUCCUCAAGGAAGAAAGUGAAAUUUCAAUUCAAAAAGAUUUUGGUCACGUGCUUAGCAAAUAGUUCUUGGUAGAGUCGUUAAUUAACACAUGCAGAUCAUGCAGAUCAUCGUGGAAAGUGAAAAUAAGUUAUUCAUAGAAUCUCCCGUUUGAAAUCAUCAGCCGUUAUUGGACACAUGCAAAGCAAACUUAUUCAUUAUUCACAGCCGGGAAAAAAUAAGCCUUGACAAGAAAAGUUUUGAGAUUUAGGCUAAAAGCUGUGAUUUCAUUUUGAUCCCUGAUAACAGUCCAUUAUCUUUCAAACAGUAGCACUGAGUAUCUUUUUAAGAAGGACAUAUGCUUGACAAAGUCACCAUUUUACCCAGACAUGCAGAAAAAUUGUUGACUUGUAUGAUGUUGACUCUUAACUUCUUUAAUAAUUACUAGACAAAGCUUUGUCUACAAAGUGAUAGUCUUAAUUUGAUUUGUCUGGUCAUCAUAUCUGACCAUAGGUAGAAUUUUGCCAACUGGCGUUGGCAGUCGUGAUGUUAUAAUUCUUAUUUAAUUCAAUAACCAGUAUCUCCCUUUGUUUUAUACUCACCAUCAUAUUAUUCAUGUUACUCUCUUAGAGACUUGUGGAUAAAACCAAAGUCAUGUGUCUCAAAUGGAUUCCAGGAUCUGAAAAUUUGUUUCUUGUUGCUCAUGAAAGUGGGAACAUGUUUGUUUAUAACAAGGAGCAUCCAGCAGGAGCUGGACCUCCUCAGUAUGCUCUUAUGAAACAAGGACCUGGCUAUACAAUAUAUAGUGGCAAAUCAAAAACCACGCGGAACCCAGUUUGUAAAUGGACCAUUGGAGAGGGAGCUAUAAAUGAGUUUGCCUUUUCUCCUGACUGUAAACAUAUUGCAACCGCAAAUCAAGAUGGCUUUUUGCGAGUUUUUGACUUUGACUUGCAGUCUCUGUGUGGUGUGAUGAAGAGUUUUUUUGGAGGACUCAAUUGUGUUUGCUGGAGUCCAGAUGGCAAGUACAUUGUCACAGGAGGUGAGGAUGACCUUGUGACGGUGUGGUCUUUUCUUGAACGGAGAGUCAUUGCUCGUGGAGUAGGACACCAGUCUUGGGUUCAAGUAGUGGCUUUUGAUCCUUACACCACAAGUGUGAGUGCUGAAGGUCGCGUUGAUGACAGUGAUGAAGAUGAAAUUGAACAGAAUGGUAUUGCACCUUCACAGCAUUCAAGUUCUGUUACCUCUGAGGACAAAAAUGUUACUUGCUAUAGAUUUGGGUCAGUAGGCCAAGAUACAAAUUUUAUGUUAUGGGAUUUGGGAGAUGACGUUCUCAGAGUUCAGAGACCUCGUGGCAGAAGUGUGCGUGCUAGUACAACUUUUUCAAAUUCGCAUGUAACCUCUGCACAUCACUUUUCCAAUGGACCCAUCACACAUGAAGUGAAUCACACGGGCAGUGGCAAUGCUGUUGCCCCCUUGACUUCAUUUGAUGCACCAAAGAAUUUAACUCAAGUACAUACAUUGACAAAAUCCAUGGAAAAUUUAGUGAAUACUGGAAAUGUCACACCAGGAACUGUACUUUGUCCUAGAAUGGAGGACAUACCCAUUUUAGAACCUUUAGUUGCCAAGAAAGUUGCAAAUGAGAGGCUAACAGCAUUAUCAUUUAGGGAAGACUGUAUUGUCAUGGCUUGCCAUGAAGGAUUCAUCCGCACAUGGGCUCGACCAGGUAAAGUGGUAAGU